AUGAUUAACUAUAGCAGAGCCAGAGUUAGGACCAUUGCUAAGCCAUGCAUUGAAUAUGCUGCAUCAUGUAGCUGUCAGAAUAAACAAGAUUUCAAGCUUAUUACAAGGCUGAGGGAUGGUUGUUGGGGAUUUGGUUCUUGGUUUGGGCUCUUUUUUUUCUGCAAAAAAGCUUCGGUUACCUCUGGCAGAUACAGCUUGAGACUGUGUCCUUCCUCUGUCAGUUGGUGCCUGGAGAAAGACACCGACCCCCACCUGCCCACAAGCACCUUUGAGGAAGUGGUAGAGAGUGAAGAGUCCCUGAAGCAGAGAUCCCAUCAGCUCAGGCUGGCCAAGGCAAUGUCAGCGAGCAGCUGCCGGUGCCUGCGGGCUCCCUCAGCCGGCCCGGCCCGGCCCGGCCCUGCGCCUGCGCCGCCGGCCUGCAGGGGGCUCCAGAGGCACGGCCUGAGCCCGGCCCGGCCCGAUCGCUGCCGAGAGCGAGGGGUAAUUCCCGGCCGGGGGCCGCGGAACUCGGCGGGGCAAAACGCUGCCAGCCAGGCAGCCAGGCAGCCGUGCCUCGGCACAGAGCGCCUCGCAUCCCUCCCCUUCUCCUGCGCCCCGGCUGCUGCCCGGAAAAACUGCCUUGCGGAUGAAGCCGAGAGCUAUCGCCAGCCAAACGGGCAAUGCUUCUGUCAUCCGCAAUCAGGAAUCCCCCCGUACCUUACAGAAAGGAAAAGCUAACAACUAAUCCUAGCUAUCGGUGCAAAUGGAAUGAAAUCCCACAACUACAC